CAAAACCGGUUGAAGAAGAAAAACCAAAACCAGUGGAAGAAGAAAAGCCGAAACCAGUGGAAGAAGAAAAACCUAAACCAGUGGAAGAGGAGAAACCUAAACCAAUUGAAGAAGAGAAACCAAAACCGGUUGAAGAAGAAAAACCUACACCGGUUGAAGAAGAGAAACCUAAACCGGUUGAAGAAGAAAAACCAAAACCAGUGGAAGAAGAAAAACCAAAACCGGUCGAAGAAGAAAAACCGAAACCAGUGGAAGAAGAAAAACCUAAACCAAUUGAAGAAGAGAAACCAAAACCGACUGAAGAAGAAAAACCAACACCUGUUGAAGAAGAGAAACUAAAACCGAUUGAAGAACAGAAACCUCAACCGGUAGAAGAGCAACCAAAACUUGUGGAAGCAGAGAAAUCUAUACAGGUAGAGGAAGAGCAGCCAAAACCAACCGAAGAAGAGAGACCUAAACCGGUGGAACAAGAGAAACCUCAACGGGUAGAAGAAGAGAAAUCUCAACCAGUAGAAGAGCAACCAAAAUCUGCCGAAGAAGAGAAGUCUCGGCCGGUAGAACAAGAGAAACCUAAGCCAGUCGAGGAGCAACUAACAUCUGUGGAAGAAGAAAAGCCAAAACCAGUAGAAGAGAGACCGAAACCAGUGGGAGAAGAGAAACCCCAACCGGUAGAAGAACAGCCAAAAAGAGUCGAAGAAGAGAUACCUAAACGAGUAGAGAAGGAACCACAACCGGCGGAAGAAGAAAAACCUCAACCAAUAGAAGAAGUAAAAGCACAGCCGGUUGAAGAAGAGCAACCGAAACCAGUCGAAGAAGAGAAACUUCAGCCAGUAGAAGAAGAACAACCCAAACCAGCCGAAGAAGAGAAACCUAAACCGCUCAGAGAAACUGUCGAACAAGAAAUUCCUGUCCAUGAAGUCGAAGAGGAUACAACUGUGACUCUCACUGUGGAUACACCUAUACGUGACAUCCGUCUUCUCAAAGAUAAUAAGGAAUUAAAACCCUCAGAACAUAUCAAAAUUGUGCAAACAUCACGAACAACAACCGAAAUUCAAAUUAUUAAAGCUAAACCUAAAGAUGAAGGAAAAUAUAGCGUUGUGAUUGAUAAAAAAGAACAACCAUUAGUGUUACUCAAAGUAAUUCCAAAACCAAUCACUCAUCAAACAAUGGAUAUACCUCAAACAACUUUCGAGGAAGGAGAAACAUUGACUAUCAAAUGUCAAUUUGAUUCUCUACCAGAAGAAACAUUUGAAUUUCUACGAAAUGGAAAACCUCUGAAACCUAACGAUCGAAUUUCAACCAUUGUUGAAGAUAAUACAUAUACAAUUGUAGUAAAACAUCUUCGUCCGAAAGAAGAUGAAGGCGUUUAUACACUUAAAUCUAAUCAUUUGAUUCUUGACACGCCAUCGAUUACAGUUAUAGCCAAACCUAAACAGCCCGAAAAAAUCGAAACACAAGAAAUAGUCGAGUUGCGCGAAGCAGCACCUACUGAAGAAAAGAAAGAACAAAUUCCACAACCUGUCGGACAACCGAAGCCCGAAGAGAUUCCUCAACCACAAGAAACAACUACAACUGAGGUACAAGAACAGCAAGAGGAAAUAACGUUUGUUACAGAACAACCAAAACUUCCAACAAAGAAGACAGUGACUGAGUUACCUGUACAUGAAGUCGAAGAAACUAGUACUGUAACAUUAACUGUUGAACAACCUAAAACUACAAAACCAGAAGAUGUAGUCUUACUUAAAGAUGGAAAAGAACUAAAACCUUCAGAACAUGUGAAAAUUACUCCAACAUCACCAACUACAACUGAAGUUCAAAUCACCAAAGUUAAACCCGAAGAUGAAGGUGAUUAUACAGUUAAAGUCAAAGAUGUUGAACAACC